GGGAGCGUCUUGUGGAGCUCAGGUCAGGCAUUCGCCCAUUUGCACGUGAGAGUAUCGAGCUACAAAUUCGGAUCAGUGCACACUGGACAGGUUACAAGUAACACAACGGUGGUAUCGCAGAUUCGCGGUAGCAUAUCUGUUCCCAGCAGCUUGCGUGAGCCCUAUUGGAGUGUCCAGCCAGCGAUGGAGAGCGGCUUGCUCGACACAGCAGCGGCUGCCAGUCUCUGCCCGGCCGUGGGCGGGCCCCGCCGCGCCGGAAGCACCGCGAGCUUCUUGAACUGCGCGUGCUCCUCCAGAGACUGCAGGGUGAGCGCGUCCUACUCCAUCGGCCGGAUGCUGAGCGGGGUGAGGUCGGCGGCGCGCAAGAAGCUGUUCAGGAAUGACCCGGCCGACCUGCUGGGCAUCAGCAACUGGUUGGACUCGAGCGGCACCGGUGGCCACCAUCACUGGUGGACGGCGCUGGAGAACAACUUCGUGCUGGAGGCCUCUGAGGACGAGUACGGCGGGGUCAUCGUCGACGCCGACAGGCUGCCGGCCGACACGGCCGCCUUCGCGCGGUCGCUCACGGCGUCGCUCUCCUACUGGAAGUCCGUGGGGAAGAAAGGGGUGUGGUUGAAAUUGCCAGCGGAUCGUGCCGAGUUUGUACCCUUCGCAGUGAAGGAAGGUUUCAAGUACCACCAUGCAGAGGAAGCAUACGUUAUGCUGACUUAUUGGAUCCCUGAUGAGCCAUGUAUGCUCCCUGCAAAUGCUUCUCAUCAGGUUGGAGUUGGGGGCUUUGUGAUCAAUGAUCAAAUGGAGGUUCUAGUGGUUCAAGAGAAGUAUUGCGGUUCAUUGUUGGAUGGUGCUUGGAAACUCCCCACGGGGUUCAUUCUUGCGUCGGAGGAAAUCUAUACAGGAGCUAGCAGAGAGGUGAAGGAGGAAACCGGGGUUGACACUGAAUUCGUGGAUGUGGUUGCGUUCAGGCACGCGCACAACGUGGCUUUUCAGAAGUCCGACCUGUUCUUCAUCUGCAUGCUGAGGCCUGUAUCAAGUGAGAUCAAGAUCGACGAGACGGAGAUUCAGGCAGCAAAGUGGAUGCCACUGGAGGAGUUCGUGAAGCAGCCGUUCAUCCAGGAGGACCACAUGUUCCAGAAGAUCAUGGACAUCUGCCUCCAGCGGCUGAGGAAGUGCUACUGCGGCCUGACAGCGCACCACGUCGUCUCCAGGUUCGACGGCCGGGCGUCGACGCUGUACUACAACGUCGAGGAACCGGAGGACGUGAACUGCAGCGCCGCUUGACGGACAGAUCAUCGCCCAGCCUCAGUUUUUGCUGUGCAAAGUUUCAUGGCGCAGCAAUGUUGUGUUAUUGAUGCGAUUGCUGAGUGUGAAACUGCAGAAAGCGCAAGGCAAGGAAUAGUGCUGCCUCACAUGUAAAUAUGUGCAGACGAUAACGAGACAACGACAGAUCGGUAGCUCCGUCGUGUUAUACUUGUCGACGGAGCCGUUUGGUCGGUAGCAGCAGUUUGGAACUUUGGAUGGUGAGUAUCCGGGUUCAAAUCCUCACCAAUAAUAAUUCCAAAGCAGUGCUCCCGAUCCGAAAAGUGUUAAACUACGCCCAACGAUUUUCUUUCGGGGGCGAAAAUCUUGUCGUGAAAGGAUUUUCGUUCUUUCA